GUCAUUUCCAUAGCGCGUGCUGAAAGAGAGAAGAUAAAUUGAGGCAGGUGAGUGUGGAUGUGAAACACGGAGAAGGAGCAGGCAACCACACCAACAGCCCACCUGCGCUCAGCUCCGUCUGCACUGGCUCCUGAGAGGAGAACGUUACAUUAUCAAGAGGACUGCUGACAGCCCUGAGCCGAUAAUGCAUUUGAGUCCUUAAGGAGACAAAGCGAUGAGAAGAUAAAAGUGGAAUCAUCGGAAGAGGAAUACACUGCAUUGGAGCUCACGUUGUCUGAACAGUGAGUCUGCGAGAAGAAAUCACAUUCCUGUAAAAUGGAGCCCAGCCCUGUGGUGUGGCACACGCAGGUGGUCCCCCAAGACUUCGACCUCGAAAGGACGAGUUCUCAACCCGAGUGCUCCAUCUGCUUUAACACCUACGACAACGUCUUCAAAACACCAAAACAGCUGGAUUGCACCCACACUUUCUGCCUAGAGUGCAUUUCCCGCAUCAUGGCCACAUCCAUGGACCCCCAAAACUUGCAAAUCUCCUGUCCCUUUUGCCGCCAUCACACUAUCAUUCCCAAAAAAGGGCCCCCGGCGCUGACCACGAGCCAGGAGGUGCUGUGCCGCCUGCCCGUCCACCAGCAACACGAGGAGUCGGUAUGGCUGGAAGGAGAGAGGCUGUGCUACCAGCAGCCUAUAGGUAAACCCGGCAUGCAGGCUUUCUGUAUCUGCAUCGACAUUGGGGCCAACGGACAAGGUGUUGUUUCUUCUCCCCAGACUCGACCGAGACUUGGGUUUUUUGAGCGGUUGAUGGACUGGAAGCGGCUGUUGCUCUUUAUUUUUCUUAUGGUGUUACUCAUGGUCAUCAUUCUGUGGCCUCUGCAGUGCAUUGUCACGACCGGUUCUAUGCGUUGUGCUCCCCAGCACUUGCAGCCAUCCACUACCACAACAACAGUCUCUAGCACAACAACGACCACCACGACUCACACAUGAGUAUGGCAAAGACUGUCGGAUGCUAAAGGAGUUACGAUGCGGUUACAAGACUUUGUGCAUCAUUUACUUUUAUUCAAGUGUUCAAUUGCUGCGUACCAAAGUUUGUGAACCAACAUUUGAAUCCUAAAAGUUGUAUUAGUUAGGAAUUUGUAUUUUAGGCCCAUGUGGGGUUCUUGAAGUCUAGCCGAACAUCUGACAACUGUUUGCCUACACUGAUCAAAACAGCUUUUUUAUGAAAAUGCUUUAAAAAUACAUAAAAAAGUAAUGAGAUCUCAUACACCUACAUUUGUAAAUGCAUUAUUUAAACUGUUUAUCGACAAAUAGAAUUUUCUACUUUUGUAAAUUUGAAAUAUAUUUCGACUGUUUUCCCUGCAAUGUAUUUUUGUUGACAUUUUUCCUAAAAAAUAAAUUACACAUGCAAAAAGCACAUGGAAAUUG